UCAGACAAAAACAUAGGAUGGUGCAAGACUGGGAAGAGCAGUAAAGCCAUUAUGAAUUGGCCAACAUUGACUAGUGCUGAUUAGCAGGAACCAGUGGGAUUUAAGAAUCUCUCUCCUAAGAAAAUUUGCUGCUUGUUCAGUGUUCCAUCUUAGUGUGCACUUGAUGAUUUCACUCGAAAUACCUAUCUGAAGAAAUUAAGAGUAGGCGAGGUGUAAUUACCUUUUAAAAAUGUUAAAAACUCAGCAUUGUGUAGCAGCUGUCAAGAUACCCAAGAAAAAGCCAUAUAUUUGUGACAUGUGCUAUAAACAGUUUGAAACCCCAUCAAAAUUAGCUAGGCAUUACCUCAUACAUACUGGUCAAAAGCCAUUUGAGUGUCAUGUAUGCAAUAAAACGUUCAGGCAGUUAGUCCACCUGGAGAGGCAUCAGUUAACCCAUAAUCUGCCUUUUAAGUGUAUUGUUUGCUAUAGAAACUUCAAAAAUGUAAUCACUUUCUUAAAGCAUCAGCAACUUCAUAAUGAAAAUUAUGAGAAUGAUACAAAGCAAACAGAAAACUAUGUGAGUUCUGAGCAGGACAGGGUCACUUGUGGCAUAUUUCAUUGUUCUGUGUGCUGGAAACCCUUUGCAACUGAAGAGAGGUGGAUGCUGCAUCAGUGUCUCAAGUCAGAUCAUCAACGUGGUGCCAGAAGGAGAAAGAAGAAAACUCACACUUGUGAAUCGUGUAACAAGACAUUUCCAUCCAGAUCCAAGCUAGAAAGGCACUUCCUUAUUCACACUGGCCAGAAACCUUUUAAGUGUUCUUCAUGUGGCAAAUCUUUCAGACAGUCAACACACUUGAAAAUUCAUCAGCUCACACACACAGAAGAAAGGCCUUUUCAGUGCUGUUUUUGUCAGAAGGGAUUUAAAAUACGGAGCAAACUCAUGAAGCAUAAACAGCUCCAUGCCAGAAAUAAGACUUUCCCCAAUACUGUAUGCAAAGCAAAGACUCUUAAAUGUCCCAGACUACACAAUGUGUUGGAAGGAAAAUGGGAUAGUUUUGAGAAUGCUGAUACACACAAAUCACAGGAGAAUGACCCACAUGAUGUGCACUCAAUUUAUAUUGUACCUUUUCAGUGCCCAGCAUGUGACCAGUGUUUUGAAACAGAGCAUUUUCUAAAGUUACACAAAUGUUGUUAUCCAAAAGACAGCAGAAGUUCAAAUAAUGGUACAACAGCACGCAGAUGUGCAGUCAACAGGAAAAAUAAGAGCCUGAUGAAACUGAAGCAUACUGGAGGAAAGGCAACAGAUUUUUCUCUGACUGACAGAAAAAAAAUUAAAUCAGGUCAUGUUGGAAGUCCUGCCCUGGUCACAGCUAGGGAGCAGCGUUGUGAUCAGCACGUGUCCACUAAACCUCCCAAGGAGCGCCGGGGCCGGCGUGACGUGCACAAGUCAGUUUGUAGUCGGGUGAAAAGAACGUUUGCUGUGCCAUUGCCUUGGCAGGAGUACCCACAGCCUCCUGACGUGGGCAGGAAUUUCAAAGAUGUGCUUCCUGGUGAAGGCAUCUUAAAUGUUGGUGAUUCACUGGAUAAUAAAGAUGAUGCUUUUUAUGGUUCAUCAAAUGAUCGUUUUUUUGAUAAUCCAGAAGUACUUCGCUCUGCUUUUUCAUCUUCUGCAAAAAAUACACAUAACAGACACAAAGUGUGUAAAUGUGACAGAUGUGAAAAAAUUUUUCCAUCUUCAUCCAAACUUCAAAGACAUUAUCUUAUACACACGGGACAAAAGCCCUUUGGCUGUAAUGUUUGUGGGAAGGCAUUUAGACAGUCAGCUCACUUAAAAAGACAUCAGCUCACCCAUACUGAAAAGAGAGCCUGUAAAAGCCCCGUUUGCCAGGUAGAAUUUGUAAACCUGAACAAACUUUUCAACCACCAGGGAGAUCACACUGAAUUUAUGUCUUCUCAGCCUGUGGGUUAUUCAGGUUACUCUCAAACACCUUCACAGCCAUCUGGCUUUCAAGAAUUUGAGCUGAUUCAGUCAAACCAAGCAGCUGAAAUCAAAGUUGAAAUUGAAUCAGGGGAUUUUGUUCUUGACACCAGCAGUAGAAACCCACAGCCGUAUUUGUGCAGUAAAUUGCUGGAAACAGAGCAAAGCUGUUACAGCUAUUGGCAUGAUUUUUCUGAAAGUACUGAAAAAAGUGAAGCUGUUAACAAAUUAUAUCAAUGCAGUAUCUGCUUUAAAACUUUUAAAUCUCCUUCUAAGCUUGAAAGACAUCACCUAAUGCAUGCUGGACAGAAGCCAUUUGAAUGUUUAGUUUGUGGAAAAAAAUUCAGACAAGCCCCACAUUUGAAAAGACACCACCUUAUUCACUUUAAAGAGAACUUAAAGCUUAGUUCCACUGAGGAACAAGCAGAAAAUGUAUGUUUUAUCAAAACAGGAUAAUGUCCUAUGAAAUAAUUUUAACAUUUUUUGGUUGCAUAAUUAUAAAAGAUUUAUAACAGGCCAAACAAUUAACUGAAGGGGAUUAUAUUUUCUAUUACAGAGAUGACCUGGUGAAGUUAAUUUACUGUCUUCAAAAGUCUCUACUUAAUAUAAUUUCUGAGAUAUUCAUGUUGAGAUGUUUUUUUAAAAUGCAACAAACCCACACGCUCUUUGCCUUCCCCUUGGCUAGAUUAAAUUUAUAAAUACACAUUCAUGUUGUAUCAAUAGUGUUGCAGUAAUCUACAGUAUUUCAUGAAUAAGAUAAUUAUCCCUAAAACUAUAAAAUACUAUAUGGGAAAAUGUAACACUUUUAAACUAUCAGUAAAGACAAAAAGAUAAUUUUGAGAAUAUGAAAAAAAGGUCAUUUUACUUUCUUCUGGCUCCCCAUAUGUUCCAAGCAAAGGAUUAUUGCUGUAUUUAUCCCAUACUUAAAAAAGGGGGUUUUUUUGAUAAAAGAGAAGAGAGUAGAAAAAGGGGAGAAAAUUUAGUGAGAAAAAUGUUGAUGUGUUAUAGAAGAUUCUGUUUCCUAUAGGAUAGGAAAAAAAACCUGCUUUGUUAUUUACACUUAAUGUGCUUGGAGAGCUAUACAUGAGGAAUUAGAUAAUUUCCCUUUUUAUAUAAAAUACAAGGAGAUAAUGCUAUAAUAUUAGGAUUUAUAAUCAAUUUAUUCAUUUCACCACUUUAUUAACUCUACUUUCUUGUAAAUCCCUUGCCUUCUCUACCAUUUUUGGCCAAUUUAUACUUUACUGAAAUUUUUUUCUGUAAGAAAAGAAGACAAGAAAUUAGCAUUAAGGUUAAAAAUGGGCUUACUCUGUUCAGUCUCCUUCUAGCAUACAAAGUGAACCAGUAAAAGAAAUGUUCUCUUAAGAUGUGAUAAUAACUCAGAUGAGCAGUUUUGUCAGGAAGUCAUUUUCUCAUUACAUUAAAUAUAAGAGACUGAAAAUUACUUUUAACUGAAAUUAAGUAAUUCUGAUUUUGUAUUAAUAGAAUCUGUAGUUUUACUUUCUGGUAACUAGAUGGUUUUGUCCAUUGUGCCAAUGGGGCUGGCAAGAAGUGCAAGUACAGUGGAGCUCAUACAUCACAAACAAGAAUGAAGUUUGUUUCUUCUUUUUUGUCCUCCGAAAAACUACCUUUUAGGAUACUUCCUUUGUUAUGCAGCUUUAAGUAGCUGAAUCCUGAAGUUCUUAUUCCUGUUUCUAAAUUAACAUACCUGUAAGAUACAUGACAAUUUUUUUAGUAUUUAAAUAGAAACAUAUUUAUUUAAGUAAAAUGGGUUUGAUUUUUUUUUUUAUUUUUGAAAUGGCAUGAAUGUUGUGGUACUUGGUGAACAUGAAGGGCAAGAGGAGUUUUAUUUUCAUACAUGUUACUUUUCCAUUUUCAGUGAGAAUAAAACCAAGAAAAAUGCUUGGAAACAGUCUGUAGUUACUCUGCCUUUUGUAUGACAGACAAAUUCAGUAUAUAUUAAUGAUUAUUAUAGUUAUAUAUUGAGAUUUUUUUUCUCCUUGUGUGAAUUGUUUCAUAUUGAAAGGCAAAAUGCUGUAUAAAAUGUUUUGAAAGCGUAUUGUAGAGCUCUUUUAAAAUACUGGUAAUAAACUAUUUUAUUUAUAUGUA